AUGGGCCACCGAGAUACCAUCCCCGUUCACGUCCCGCUUCGCACAUCGAGUCGCAACCCAUCACGAAACGGUCCAACGGAGAGCCAAGAGAACCUCGGAGCCUCAGACCGGAAAAUAUCCAAAGCUCAACGAUUUUUCGGAACCGACAUCACACUCCCUCAAGAGCACAGUGGGUGGCAGGAGGCUCAGAAAACACGACAACCCAGCUAUAUCAAGCCAACCAGCAGUGCGCCCAGACAGAGCCCCGGCUUUGUCCCAUUCCCGAGCUCUUCGGAUACCCUCCCCAAUCCUGAUCACAACCUCAAUCUUCGUGUGCGGGCUUCAUCGCCUCUGCUGGGCCAAGAAUACAAAUUGCAUGAGAAUGCCCCGCCGCUGCUUAAACACUCGAAGAAGGUCCACCAUACCGGAUCUUCGUCGAAUCUUUUCUCAUACUUCAGCUCCAAGGAAUCUAAGGAAGCCAAGAUAGCCGCCAAGACCCAAGCUCUGCAGCCGAGAGUACGACAUGGGCUGGGUAUUGAUCCCCAGGUGACAUUCCAGGCCCCGGAACCACCAAAAGAAUCCAAACGAAAGAUGCGUCCUCCAAGGAUUGAUCUUUCUGUUCUGUUCCCAAAGCCACGGCACCCCGCUCCACAAACACUUCUGUCACCGCAGAGAAUGGUUAACUCUCCAUCUUCUGUGUCUACAGCCGUUACAGAAGAUCCCUCCAACAAGCUUGACAGAAUCAAAAGCACUACUAGCGAUGCAAACUCGAGGAGAUACGUCGACCCACAUCCCCGCCGCCCAUCAGUUACCAAGGUUGAUCCCCGCAAGCAUGGUGUCGACGAUUCGGAUUUACCAUCCAUUGCAGAGACUAGAAACAGCGGGUGGCUUGACCAGCCACUCGAGCGGACGGUAGGAACCAGCGAGAUUGAUCUGGCCCUCGAUAGAUACGCAGGACGGCGUUCGCUCUUCAGCCGCUCCAGUGUAUACACCGAAAGCCCAGAAAAGUUGCAACCCGAACAGCAGCGCCCCCAGGAUCCUCGCAAGAGCUCGAGGCGUCCCCGCACUCCUUCGUCCCAGCCCAGGGAGAUGUACCUUAGUCCUUCUUCACAUCCGGACUCGGCUCGUGCUCGCGGUAACAGUACUUCUCAGGAGUCCUGGAAAACCAGCGAGUCAAAACCUAAGAGCCAGAAGAGCUCAGCGACCAAGAAGACAAGCCGGAGUACAUUGAAGAACAAGGAUCUUCUCAACACCAGCAUUCUCUGUCUCUCUUCUUCAUCGGAGGAUGAGGACGAGGAUCGGACACCGACCACAGAGCCAACGCGGAAGGAAAGCAAGUUUAGAGACAGCGUGGGCACCUACGAUGAAUCUGAGCCCGAAAUCUACACAGCAGCUACUGCUAAGGCGACUACUGCCACCGCUGCCAAACGCUUCGACCGGGCUCAAUCAACUGGCAGCCGUAGCUCUCGUCAAGUCGAACAGAGUCAGCUAGCAGCUCCAGUACCCCGCCCACGCAAGGUCUCCCAGUCUUCUUCCCACAACAGCAAAACUUCCCAAGCAACUAAACGAACCACCCAAACCCGCCGCUCAAGUGGAGUCCCAGCAAUUCCCGAGCCGGACAUUCUCUCGCAAUUCCCAAAACAACCUCUUCGCUCCCCAGCAGAGUUGAAGGAGAUGAACCGCAGAAGCCGUUACAUCGCAGUCACCCGCCAAGAACAGGAUCUUCUCGAGGCGAUGCGCGUCCGCAAGGGCAAAGUCACCCCUAGUCUGUUCAAUGCUGUCGGAGCAGACAGGCAAUCCGUCAUCUCAGGACCGUCCCGCGAUUCAUUCUGCGAAUCCGACACCUCAUUCCUGCGUCUCAGCAACGUUUUCCCACCAUUCGACGCCCAGUCACUCAAGAGCACAGCCCAAUACAAAGACGGCAUAGCAUCCUCAGGCUCAUACUACGAGCACAAGGCCGGAACCGCCAUUUCCUCCCCUGGCUUCAGCAACGCAGACUACUCCGAAAGCCUGCCAUCCCCUGCCACAAGUGGUGCAUCGCCUUUGACACCAACUUUGCCAAUCCAUCGUUUCUCCCCGCUGCCUUCCCCCAAGCCUCCCCCAAGAGGUCCUCCCCCCGCCAUCCCGGGAGACCAGAAACAGCACACCCGCCGCCGAACAGAUAGCAGUGAAGCUAUCAUGAUUGAUGACAGCGGCGAGCCGACGCGCAACCACGGCCUUCCUCUCUGGUCCUUCGAUUUCGGCCCCAACAUCACCACCGUGCACUAA